UAUGAUAAGUCGUUAUCAGGUGAUUACAUCGACCUCGUUGUGACACAGCUCAAUCAAGCACCGCAUCACCAAAUACCGCGGCUGCAUUCUCAAUCCAUAUUCGCGAUGAAAAUCUUUUCUCUGGUACCCACCAAGUUACGUAGACGAUUAUGUGGUUCGGUGAGAACUCGACAACUCAUAGCAGUCUGUUCGUUAACGGCCGUUGUUUUCCUUUUGUUGCAUCAAGGUCCACUUUUUUCAUCUGUUGAUGAGAAACCACAGAUGAAUGAUCGCAAAAUAUUAGAAAGUGACAAUGUGGUAGUGGUGCCACAAGUUGUUGAUGCUGAUAACGGAGAUGUCAAACGACUGAAACAUCCAAAAAAUGGUGUCAGAUUUACUAAACAGCAAUCAGAGCUUUCAUCUGGAUCGAACACGGUAACCGAUGAUCAGCCAGUGACAGUAGUGUUAGUGAUAUGUGCCAUACGACCAGCUGCUAUCAAAAAUCAUCUUCAGCAAUUGAUUAGGUUAUUUUUGAAUUAUUUUUUAGAGAGGAUUAGUUGUAGCUGUCUGUUACGUCCAUCUUCAAAAGCAUUCCCAAUUGUUGUAAGUCAAGACGGAACACUCAGUUCCGUAACGAACGUGAUCAAAGAAUUUGUCAAUGAGACCGAGCAUAUCCAUUUUAUUCAGAAUAUCGCUGAUUGUAGUUCGUUCGUUACUGUUUUGUUAUAUCAAAUCAAACUAUUCUAUUGUCUGUCAAAUGAUAUCAACCAGCUCAGUGUCAAAUGUGGUUCAUAUGUGUUGUUCUUUCAGCACACUGAACGCAAAGCUCAAAAUAAUGAAGCGGCAAAAAAAGCGAAAAAUUAUUUUUUCAUUGCACAACAUUAUAAAUGGGCACUUGAUAAGAUUUUUUUCGAAAUGAAUUAUGAUACGGCCAUUAUCACUGAAGAUGAUUUGGAUAUUGCUGAGGAUUUCUUCUCGUAUUUCUCGGCGACAAGAUAUUUGCUGAGGAGUGAUCCAACGAUAUGGUGCAUUAGUGCAUGGAAUGAUAAUGGCGGUAACAAUAUUACGGACAGGUCUCGAAGUGACAUUCUUUAUCGGACAGAUUUCUUUCCUGGACUUGGAUGGGAAUUGACAGUCGAUUUAUGGAGAGAGUUAUCUGCGAAAUGGCCGUUGACUUAUUGGGAUGAUUGGCUCAGACGACAAGACGUUCGUCAAGGCAGAGUCUGUAUACGGCCUGAGUCAGGAAUGGCACGUACCGCCUACUACGGAAUUGUGUCGUUCAUGUUGGGAUCAAGUCGUGUUUAUGCUAUAUCUGCACACGUUUACGCAGAUCCGAACUUCUUAUCACGACCAAGUUCGGAUUUUUACACGGAGGAUUGGGACAAGAUGAGCAGAUAUCUCGACUUCCAGGAAACUUAUUGCAAGCCUGGCAAGUUUACGGGUGAUUGCGAUCCAAAUAAUCCGAAAUUAAAAGAAUGGUUUGCAAAGAAACGAUUAACAAAGAGACUCCAAUCAUGGGGUGAGAUGAUUGUCAAUUAA